AUGGCCGCACAAAAAUGCGUUGUUUAUCAAUGGGGCGCGUUUGGCCGCGUUUCCUUCGCUGGCGAACGGACAGUACCAAAAAAAUUGGAAUUUAUUGUUGUCUCACCGUUUGGAUUCAAUUUAGAUCAAAUUAUAAAAAAAGUCACUUGCCAGGCAUUUUCACUGAUUUGUGGAUUAAAUGUAGCUGGUCAAAUGUUGAAAGCGAUUCGAGAAUUGCAUUCGAUUGGAAUUUUGCAUCGAAAUAUUCAUCCGGGAGCAUUUUACUGUGGAAUUGGCGGAGAAAGAGAGGGAAAGAUUUAUCUGCAAGAUUUUAGAGCACAUCGCAGAUUUUUGGAUGCGAAUAAGAAAGUUAUUGUAAGUUUUUUCUGAGGAAGAAUAUUGUAGAAAUUUUUGAGAAAAAUCUGUAUAGGACUUUCAAUUUUCAGAACAUUUUCUAAAAAAAAAUCUCAAUUUUUACAGCCAGCUCGCUCAAAAGUCAAACGCUAUGGUUUCACUCGUUUCUCAUCCCGUGCAAAUUUACAAGAAAAAGAACAAAGUCGAAAAGAUGAUCUAGAAUCAUGGAUUUAUUCAAUUUUCUCAAUAAUGGACCUCGAUUCACUGUUUUGGAAAAAAGACAAAGAAAUUCAAUCAAUAAUUGAGAAAAAAGAGGAAUUCAUGAGAAAUUCGCCACAAAAAGAGGCAGAAAUGUAUAAAAAUGUGCCGAAAGAAAUGCGAUUAUUGAUUGAAAAUAUUGCCCAGCUACAGUAUGAAAGUGAGCCGGAAUAUGAGAAAUUGUCGGGAAUUUUGGCGGAGAUUCAAAGUGCGCGAAAAUUCGCUACGGAUUUGUGUGAUUGGAUUGGAAUGGGAAAAGAAGUUGCGGGGAAUAUGGAAGGCGAGACGAAAAAUAGUGCGGGAAAUCGAAUGAGUGGAGAAGGCGAUAUUAAGUAAGGGUUUUGGGUAGCGAAGGUGUUGUGUUCGGGAUUUUUUGAACAGGAAAUCGUAAUUUUUGGAAGAUUUAUAGCCUCAAGAAUUGUAACAUAAGCAAUAUAAACAGAAAAACAUUGUUAAUGUUAGGAGGAACUUUUUGGCUACAGUACCUCACAAUUCCACCUACUUUCCAGCAUCAACAUUGCAAAAAACAAAAAAGGAGCUCGUAAGAAGCUGCUUCCUGGAGACAUCAUAAAAUCGGUAGAUCAAAAAACGGGCUGGAAAAAUGUGUGUCUUCUGGGAAGUGGUGGAUUCGGCGAUGUUUAUAAAGUUCAUCGCGAAGGAAGUCCGCCAGACAAAUGUUAUGCUUUGAAAACAGAAAGUGAAGAAGGAGAAAAAAGAUUUUUGAGAUUGAAAAUUGAGGUUACUGUAAUGAUGAAAACAUCGGAUAAAUCCAAGAAUUUCGAGCAUUUUAUCGAAUUUAUCGAUCGCGGAAAAUGUGAUGAACUUCGUUGUAAAUUUGUUGUGAUGGGAUUGGUUGGACCAAGUUUGGAUGAUAUUAGGUAACUGAUUUUUAAAAGAAUUCGCCACGUAGCCUCAAUUUUACUGCAAAACAGUCUAGAAAUCCUUAUAAAUAAAAAUUUCAGAGUCAAAUAUUUGGUGUCAAACUUCACCAAACACACAUGUUUCAAUAUUUUCAUUCAAUCAGUGAUUGCAAUUCGAGAUUUACAUAGUUUGGGAUAUUUGCAUCGAGACAUAAAACCGGCAAAUUAUGCGGUUGGAAUUGGUGAAAAUGAGCAAAUUGUUUAUAUGUUGGAUUUUGGAAUCGCGAAAUUGUUUGUGGAUUCUGAUGGAAAACAUAAAACACCGAGGAAAAAAGUGAAAUUUUUGGGAACUUUGAGAUUUGCAGCAAGAGCUUGUAUGAGACAAAUUGAACAGGGAAGGAAAGAUGAUUUGGAAUGUUGGAUUUAUAUGGUAAGCAUAGCGAAUGGAUUUUUUCGUAGCCUAGAAAAACAGACUUUGGUUUUCUAUGUCUCUUGAGGAUGAGUUUCUGGAAAAUCUACACUUGUUUUCUAGGAUACGGAGCCUUCUGGAUCAAAUUUAGUUUUCUAUUCUCUCACUAUAAUUUAAACUUUCAUCAGAUGUUCGAUCUAAUCGAUGAUAUGGCUGGAUUACCGUGGAAAAGAAUUGUCGAACCCAAAGCUAUUCUCAAAUCAAAAGAGAAACUGUUCAAUAAUGAACGUAAGUAUUUUUUUAUUUGCACCAAAAAAAUAUUCAAAUUCUCUAUUUUUGUAGACCCAGAAGUGUAUAAAAGAAUGCCAAAAUCAAUGCAGCAAUUAUUACAAUAUGUCAAUAAUUUGGAACACGAAUCGGCUCCAGAUUAUGAAUAUAUUUUGCAAUUUCUACGAACUUGUGCAAAAGAUCACGGAAUAAAAGUCGACAAAAAAUUGGAUUGGAUUGGAAAAUUGAAAAAGAAGGCAUUUGAUAGUGAUUCGGAUAAAUCGGCCGAACAUAAGAAUUCCGGAGAUGAUUCGGAAUAA